UGGCUCUUCAGCAUCCUCCCCUUCUACUCUCCGCGGGACUACAUUUCUCAGGGAGUGUCAGGACCGGGUGCCGCACCACUUCCGGCUGCCAAAGAUGGCGGCUUCCUAGUGAGUCCGGGGCUGAGUUGGAGCCGGCUUAGGCUAUGGUAUAGCUGGAUCCAGGUGUCCCGAAGUCCAUCUGCCGUUUUCAGGAGAGGAUCCUGGCUUCCCCUAUUCCUGCUCCAUCCAGCCACUCAGGAGCCAUGGAGGUGGUGGAACCCAGCAGCCCCACCGAGGAGGAGGAAGAGGAGCAGUCAGCCGAGCCCAGGCCCCGCACACGCUCUAAUCCUGAGGGGGCUGAGGACCGGGCGCUGGGGGCCCAGGCCAGUGUGGGCAGCCGCAGCGAGGGUGAGGGUGAAGCUUCCAGUGCUGAUGACACUAUGCCCAACCCUCCAGGAGCUGGCCCCAAACCCUGGCAGGUACCCCCGCCAGCUCCUGAGGUCCUAGUGCGGACGCCAAGGGUCAACUGUCCAGAAAAGGUGAUCAUCUGCCUAGACCUGUCGGAGGAAAUGUCACUGCCAAAGCUGGAGUCAUUCAAUGGCUCCAAAACCAACGCCCUGAAUGUCUCCCAGAAGAUGAUCGAGAUGUUUGUGCGGACAAAACACAAGAUUGACAAAAGCCAUGAGUUUGCACUAGUUGUGGUGAAUGAUGACAUCGCCUGGCUGUCUGGCCUGACCUCUGACCCCCGUGAGCUCUGCAGCUGCCUCUACGACCUGGAGACAGCCUCCUGCUCUACCUUUAAUCUGGAAGGUCUCUUCAGCCUCAUCCAGCAGAAGACAGAGCUGCCAGUCACGGAGAAUGUACAGACAAUUCCGCCCCCAUACGUGGUCCGCACCAUCCUCAUCUAUAGCCGUCCACCCUGCCAGCCCCAGUUUUCCCUGACGGAGCCCAUGAAGAAAAUGUUCCAGUGCCCGUAUUUCUUCUUCGAUAUUGUUUACCUCCACAAUGGCACUGAUGAGAAGGAGGAGGAGAUGAGCUGGAAGGAAAUGUUUGCCUUCAUGGGCAGCCUGGAUACCAAGGGUACCAGUUACAAGUACGAGGUGGCGCUGGCUGGGCCAGCCCUCGAGCUGCACAACUGUAUGGCCAAACUACUGGCUCACCCAUUGCAGCGGCCCUGCCAGAGUCAUGCAUCCUAUAGCCUGCUGGAGGAGGAGGAUGAAGCCACUGAGGUUGAGGCCACUGUUUGAACCACACUUGUGUACCUUAUUACAUCCUUGUAACUUUGUACAAUGAAACCCUUGGCCUAGAAUGCUGGUUCUUAAACUGGACUCUGUGGGACCCUGUGGGAUUCCAGGAGGUACUCAGAGGACCUAGGGGACCCUGGAAGGAAACUCAGGCUUCCAGGAAACAUGGCAGGGACUCUUUGGCACCCGUUUCCCAGUUUCCCAGGCUACAUCCCACUCCCAGUUUGUCGAUUGUAAUUUUUGUUCUCUGUGUGAUUUUUGUCAUCAAAAUAAAAAUCUUGAGGGUCCCUAA